AUAAUCAUACUCAUAAUAAUACACUAAUGAUAUUAAUAAUAAUGUGUAAUAAGCAGCAACUGUCUCGCUCGUUGGAUAACAACGACGACUGGUAACAACAGUGGAACUUUGGUAGACGUACGGGGAGUAUCCCUUGAACUAAUCGCAAUCGGGCAGAUAAGGGUAACCCUUGAAAUGUUGUUGACAGGGUUUCCUUCCCGAGGUCGAACGAGAGGCAUGGAAAGUCAUGGAUCUUUCUUUCUUGAUGUCAGGCAAGAAUGGCUAUUAUUGUUUCCUCCUUUAACUGUCGUUGUUCCGUGUGGUUGGAGCAGCACUUGGUAUGCUGAAUGGGUAUGUAUGUAUGUAUGUAUGUAUGUACGUAGUAGUAUGUUUUUGUUCACGCGCGCGGGGGCUCAGGUCGCUCGCACUCUUCUGCGCACGGAAUAUUCCACCGUAUCGCUAUGGGCUGGGCUUUAUCCAUUUUGGGCAAUUCGCAUACGUUUCAUGGGUCCCGCUGUGGCAGUCACUAAGAUGCUAAGCCAGGAUGUUAUUAGUCCAAGCGGUGGCUAAAGGUACUAGGCUGCUUGGUGUCGUAUCUUUGAGAGGUGCCAAAACUCUGGAAUGGGGAUCGGAGACCCAAUCCGAUCCCAACAGACUUGAGGAGGGUAGUAUCGUUCUUGGUCCUCUUGCAUGAAUAGAUAAUUGAGUAAAGUGUGUGUGUGUGUGUGUGUGUGUGUGUGUGUGUGUGUGUGUGUGUGUGCGCGC